AUGGAGCCACACUUGAUCAAGACAUACAUGUAUAUUGCUCAUCUAGAAGAUCUCAAACAACAAAGCAGUAUUUUUAAGAGAACAAGGGGGCGCACAGAACAAAAGCGUAAAUUGACGUCCAAAACAUUUAAAGAAUAUGCCUGGCACCAUCUCGUGGAGUCUGGAGAUUUACAAAAGUUGCUUGUGUCUGAGCUCAAUAAGUAUCUUAAACAUUACAAACUCAUAAGCAAUGGCACCAAAGCUGAAAAGAUAAGGUGAAUCUCGUUGCAUGUGCUUCGUGGGGAGGAUAGACAAUGGGAAGAUAUAAAUGAGUCUACUGACAAGGAAGCAAAGGAAGGUGGAACGGAAAACGACGGCGAAGAAAUUGAUGGCUCAGGGGAUGAUGAAGGUGAGGAGGAUAAUGUCCUUGCAGAAUGGUCAAGUGGGCCUGACUCAGACCAUGACACGACUUCGGGUGAACGGGAAUGUUAUAGCAUCGAUGAAAGUGAUAAGAUAUGGUUUGUCUUUCAAAGCGAUUCAGAGCAAGAAGAAUUUUAUGGUUUUGAU